AUGGCACCCAAGCGCAAAGCACCGGCGGCCAACGGUCGGCCUUCGAAGCGGGUGGCCUCUGGUGUGAGCACACCAGUAAGCACGAGAACCACGAGCGACGAUGACUACGACGAGGACGAUGAAAUGCCCGAAGACGAUGACCUCCAGACACCGGCCAAGUAUGACAAUACGGUCAAGAAGUUCCAGCCUUCGACAUACGCGCGGACGAAGGACUACCCGUCCGGCGACCCUGCCAGUCAUCUCUUCAAAGCAAAGCAUGACUUCUUCGACGAGCCCCUAAAGGCGGAUCAUCGUCUGAGACCUUUAUGGAUCGAUCCAGAGAACGGCAGAGUAGUGCUCGAGACGUUUUCACCCAGCUUCAAGAGGGCACAGAAUUUCUUGAUCAAUAUUGCAGAGCCUGUGAGCAGGACUACAAACAUGCAUGAAUACACCAUAAGUCCACACAGUCUCUUUGCUGCAGUCUCCGUUGGUCUCACAAAGGAGGAUAUCAUUAAAGAUCUGGAACUCUUCUCGAAGACGAAGGUGCCGGAGAACAUCAAGCAGUUCGUUCAUCAGGUCACGGAGUCGUUUGGAAAGGUGCGGUUGGUUUUGAAACACAACAAGUACUUUGUCGAAAGUAACGAUGCGAAAGUCCUACAAAUGCUACUGCGAGACGAGGUUAUCAGCCAGUGCCGAGUCCAAGAUACGGACGAGCUGAUGACGGAAAAGGCGGCAAAGAAGGGGGCGUUGGUUAUCCCUGGUACAAGGGAAGCUGUCGGCGUUCCCAACCAGGCACAGGCAGAACGGCAACAGCCGCAGAAGCGUGACGAGGCAGACGAGGAGGACUCAGAUGAUGAAUUCGGCGGGCGGGAGGCAGAGAAGGACAUGGCAGAGUUCUUGCGGGAAGAAGACGACGAAGACGAUGAGAUCGACCAAGUACACUCUUUCGAGAUCGACGGCGAGAAGAUCCAGCAGGUACAGGAGCACUGCAACGUCAAGCUCAACUUGCCGCUCACCGAAGAGUAUGACUUUCGCGCGGACGAAGUCAAUGCGAAUCUGGAUAUCGACCUACGGCCGAGCGUGCAGAUCCGAUACUACCAAGAGCAUGCAUUGAGUAAGAUGUUCGGCAACGGACGAGCCAGAAGUGGAAUCAUUGUGCUACCUUGCGGCGCCGGCAAGACUCUCGUCGGUAUCACAGCAGCUUGCACUGUGAGAAAGAGUGCGAUCAUCCUCUGCACGAGCGCCAUGAGCGUGAUGCAGUGGAAGGAGGAGUUCAAAAAAUGGUCCAACAUCAACCCGGAAGACAUUGCUAUCUUCACUAGCGGCGAGAAGCAGAAGCUGAACCACAAGGCUGGUGUUGUUAUCUGUACUUACAGCAUGGUGACGCAGAACACUCGCCGCGCACACGACAGCAAGCAAGUCAUGGAUUUUAUCAUGGGUCGUGAAUGGGGGCUCAUGGUUUUGGACGAAGUGCACGUUGUGCCGGCAGAGAUGUUCCGACGAGUGACAGAACGAAUUAAGACUCAUUCGAAGCUCGGCUUGACGGCCACCCUGUUGCGAGAAGACGACAAGAUCAAAGAUCUGAACUUCUUGAUCGGCCCCAAGCUUUACGAAGCCAACUGGCUGCAGCUCAGCGAAGAAGGCCACAUCGCCCGCGUGCAAUGCGCAGAAGUCUGGUGUCCCAUGACCACCGAGUUCUACUCCGAAUACCUCCAAGCCAAAACCACGAACAAGCGAAGUCUCCUCUCCACCAUGAACCCCCGCAAAUUCCAAGCCUGCCAAUUCCUCAUCGACUUCCACGAGCGCCGUGGCGACAAAGUAAUAGUAUUCUCCGACAAUGUCUACGCUCUCAAACAGUACGCCACCGGCCUCAAGAAACCCUACAUCUACGGCGACACGGGCCAACGCGAACGCGAGCUCGUCCUCCAAAACUUCCAGCAAAACGACGCCGUCUCCACCAUCAUGCUCUCCAAAAUCGGCGACACCUCCCUCGACCUCCCCGAAGCCACCUGCCUCAUCCAAAUCUCCUCCCACUACGGCUCUCGGCGUCAAGAAGCUCAACGCCUCGGCCGCAUCCUCCGCGCCAAGCGCCGCAACGACGAAGGGUUUAACGCAUUCUUCUACUCCCUCGUCAGCAAGGACACAAACGAGAUGUACUACUCCUCGAAACGCCAGGCCUUCCUUGUGGACCAAGGGUACGCGUUCAAAGUCAUCACUCACUUGAACGGCAUCGACCGCAUGCCGAAUCUCGCGUACGCCAACCAACAAGAGCGCAUGACGCUGUUGACGGACGUGUUGUUGCAAAGCGAGACUGCAGGUGGGGUAGAGGACAUUAAGGACGACUUGUUCAGCGAUCGGAACGUAAGGCGGGUGGACCAUAAGGGCAAGAAGAGCGGGGUGAAGCGGCAGGCGGGCACCUUGAGUUCUUUGGCGGGCGGGGAGAAUAUGGCGUAUAUGGAAUAUGCGAAAGGACGGAAUAAGGCUUUGGCUCAGCCGCGGAAUGCAUUUUUCAGAAAGGAGGAAAGGCAGAAGGAGAGGAGGAGUAAGGCGGCGAGGGAGAUGCUUGAGUGA